AUGGACCGCAUCUUCCUCUACAGGGUCCAGAAGAUUAUGGCAGACUACACGGCGGUACUCAUGAGCAUCUACUGGCCUCCCAUGGUGCAGGUCAUGUGCGCCUUUGUGUCGCUGGGCUACGUCUGGCGAAAGCGCUCAGUCACGAAGGAUCCCAGCUACGGCCUCGGCUGGUUUUCCCCGUGGAGUGCAAAGGCAUCCUCCCAGGGGGCUGUGCCGCAGCUCUGGAUCGCCCAGUUCGCCUUUUGGGACCAGCUGAAUGCCGUGUUGUCGGCCCCACCUUCGCCCUUCAUCCCCAUGGUGCUGCAGACGCCGCUGAAUAACAUGGUGGUCUUUUGGACUGGCCUUAUCGCUUACUUCUACCUGCACACGCGCUUCAAGCAGGUCCACUAUGCAGGCAUUUGCCUGAUCCUUUGCUCCUGCCUGGUGGGCGUCUUGGUGGAGCUGCAAGGCCCCGCGGCCAAGAUCUGCGAUGGCCUCGACACCGCCCAGGAGACGCUGACAAACCCCGCGCUGCCUGUGCAGGAGGCAACCAGGUGGCUAGUGGGCAAUGCCUCGGACGAGUGCACCAGCGGAUUGCCGCCAUACAAGGAUUCCAACGGACAGGUCAUCUACAUCCCCCUGGGCACCUUGGUGUUGAUGUACGGCCUCUACAUCGUUGCGGUCGUCCCCUCCGCCUUCAGCAACUGCUACAAGCAGAAGAAGCUGAAACAGGUGAACCUCGACGUGAUGUGGUCCUUCUUCUGGUCGGGGAUGUGGCAGGUGCUGUGGGGGGUGCUGCUGUAUCCGCUGAACUGGGUGCCUUGGCCCACUCCCACGGGCCACAACGAGGCGACCCCGGCCCACAUGGGCCAGGACUUGAAGGACUCAUGGACCUGCUUCAUGGGCACGAACCCGAAGCCCAGCAUCACCACCUGCGACUCGGAGCCGGCCUACCUCUGGUUCGCCGCGUACCUGCUCUUCAACGUCUUCUUCAACUUGUUCUUCCUGUGGCUGAUCAAGCGCUUGUCGGGCACCUGGGCCUCCAUCGGCUCCAUCCUCUGCGGGAACCUCUGCGGCUUCUUCAGCCAGUACGAGAUCUUCGCGGGGAAGAGCGCGGCGGCUCUGACUAUGGAGCAGUGGAUGGCACUGGUCUUAUCCUCGAUUGCAAUGUGGGUCUACAACAUUGAGGAUGAGACAGACAUCAAUGGCAAAUCCGUGUACGGCGAGAAGGAGCGAGGGGACCACCGCUACGACUCCGCGGGGCCUUUGGGCUUGGAGCCGGACGCGGACGAGUACGCCUCAGACGACGAGCCCACGGCGCAGGCGCGGCUGAGUGGGAGCUGA